AUGAUUGAUUACACCAUCUUCGAAUGUGAGAUCGAACCGACCUAUGAGAAAGAUCCACCGCAGACACCAUCGAAAAGGAACGAUUCUCAACAGAUCACCUGUCCUUUGGCUAGAGACCGCCGGCUGCAAACACUUCGCAAACAUCUCGAGCAGGUAUACGAAGCGGAUCGGGCACUUCUACGGAAAAUGAGUCACUGCACUGCGUACACGCAAAUGACUGAAAUCGUCGCUGGUUUGAAAGUCGUUCGGCUUCUCGAGAAAGCCAUUCAACAACGAUUGUUCGAUCAUAUCAAGCAAAGUGCACGGCUCAACCAAGCAAGACCAGACACGAGGUGA